AUGAGUGUCUUCAGGAAGCUCCACGACAGAGGGCUGCUCAGCCUCUUCGCUGUCGAUGAGGCCUGCAUAUCACUGCCACGGCUGUUGCAAAGUAGGGUGCGAGAGGACAUUGUGUCGUCUCUCUGCCUUCGCAACCCUACAACCAUGAUCUCCUCCUUCAACAGACCCAACAUCUAUUAUGAAGUGCGCUACAAGGACCUCAUGGACCCUUACAAGGACUUGCGGGAUACUUUGCUGGCGUCGAAGCAGCAGUGCGGCAUCAUCUACUGCCACUCCCGCAGCACCUGUGACGAGCUCGCCUGCUGGCUCACGCGCGACGGACUCCGGUGCAAAGUGUACCAUGCAGGGCUGUCCACCGCAGCUCGCACAGAAGCACUGGACGACUGGUCACGAGGAAAGAUCCCCAUAAUGAUUGCCACCGUCGCCUUUGGAAUGGGCAUUGAUCGUGGGAUAGUGCGGCUGGUGUGCCACUACUCCCUGCCCAAGUCCAUUGAGGCGUUCUACCAGGAGUCGGGGCGCGCAGGCAGGGACCAGCAGCCGUGCCGCAGCAUUCUGUACUAUGGUGUGCAAGACAGACGCACCAUGGAGUUCAUAAUCAAGAAGGAUGACGGUGCACGGGGCAAAGGCCCUCCACAGCCUCAGAGAGUCAAGAACGCCCUGGACGCCUUUCAAAAGAUGGUGGACUAUUGCGAGCUCCUGUCAUGCCGCCGAAUGAAGCUGCUGACGCAUUUUGGAGAGACAGCCACCCCAAGGCUGUGUGCGGGGGGCUGUGACGUGUGCAAGACGCCACACUCAGUAAAGGCAGCACUUCAGGAGCUUCGGGAGAGUGGUGCUGUCGGGGGCAGUGGCGGUGGCAUGCAGCCACGGGUGCAAAUGGGCAGGCCACCAUUGUCCAGCAAGUUGAAGGAUCUGGUGGAGAGCGAGUUCUGGAAGAGGGACGAUGAGGAGGAGGAGGAGCCUGAGGAGAGCAUCUCCGGCUCUGAUGGGGAGGAUGAAGCAACGGAGAAGAUUGCUCGAGUGGAGAGGAGGACGGGAAAGAGGCCCUCGUUUGCCAGCAAGAUGGAGGCAAUGAGCCGGGCUGAGGAGGCGUAUAACCGCGAGCAUGCAGCGCCGAGAAGCAGGCUGUCAUCCCUGCGACAGCAGUUU